UCGGCGACAGGUCUUUGUUGAGAAAGCUCGCGUGUUGCGAUAUACGAAAUGUAAAUAUGAAAACGCCGCGGUCGUAGUUUAUAGUCGUAGUGUACGGAUACUUUCAUGAUUUAAGGACAGCGACGAUGUGGUCGAACACUGAAAUAUGGAGAUGAAACGACACGAUAAGCCGGGCAGCUUGUCGCCCGUGAAGAUCAGGAGUGAGGAAGGCCGAGCUGGAAGGUCGGAAAAGGAGUUGAAGCUGCCCCCGGAGAAAUCACCCAGUGAUGAUAAGCAACGACGCUUGUCACGGGCCAGCGAAAGUUCUAAGGGCACGUUAGACAGACAGGACUCCAGAUCAUCGCUAAGCCCAAAAGUUCCCCGCAAAUACUUCACUAAUUGGAAACAAGCCUGCGAUAAAACAAAAGAUAAAACGAAAGAACUGCUGAAGCGUUGGAAGACGUUACCGGAAGGUGAAGCUGCACAGAUGUCAGAGCCCGGUCGCAGCGAGGAAGAAAAGCACGGAUGGAGCGUACACGUUUGGACUACUUGGGUAAAUCGUUGUAGUGAAGACUUGGAAUGCCUGGAUUUAGAGGAAGAACAGCCUUUGGCCCAGCUUAGCACCGUACAAAAUGAAAAGAUGACACUUUUCUUCACCGAACUUCUGGACCAUGACCGAGAUGACGUCAUCUGUGACCAAGAUUUUGAUAAUUUUUUUGAGAAGCUUGCCCAUUUUGCGGACUGGUCGCCCAACUCGUCGGAGUUUCACAUACUCUUGGAAGUGAAGAGAGAAUUCAUCGAACAUUUUCUCGACCCGUUGCCCAACAAAUUUGCAGAAUUACCCUACUACAGACGCGUUUGUGGUCCCGAAGCUGGAGGUUUACCCGGACGGACGACACUUGAAGGCUGGCUGGCUAGAUGGGCGCUUCUAUUGAGUGAACCAAACAAGUUUGCAGAUUUACCGUUGUAUUUGCAGUACUUCUGCAAGAUUUUGUUCCACAUUAUUGAUAGGACAGGUGUUGGAGAAAUAACAAAGGAUGCCCUUGCAUCAUUUUACCGGUCAGUGAUUGGUUUACCAGCGAAAAGAAUAGAAGAAAUCAUAGAUACUGCUUACGACCGGAUGACGAGUAAUAGCUAUCUAAUCCUGGAUUACGGCACCUUCGUACACUGUUACAUAAAUUGGCUCAUGGGCAAGAAUCCCAACGGUCCAGGACAGUGGGUGCUUGUCCCUUCAAAGGACUCCCUCCCACAACCGCCUUUUCCCGUAGACUAUAGCGCAUUAAACACAGAACCUGGCAAGUUAGAACCAUAUGCGCCAGAUAAAAAAACUAAUCGACACUCUGUUAUCGUUUAAGUUGAUGUGAAAUUAUGUGUUACGUCAUAGCUCUUAAAAAGAAAAUACAGUGUUACCAGGUUAGUUAACCGGGAUUGAGUAUAAGAAUUAUUUAAAAAGUAUUUAAAUUUAUUCUUUUCAAAUCGCCUGCGUAUUGUUUGUUAUUGUUGAUAUACAUAUAUCUUUUAGGUGACCAUCUUGAACAAUUAUAUCCAGUAAAUUUAAUUGUAAAAAAUUAUGUAUUUUCUUUUAUAGUUGUGGUACUCGCAUUACUAAAUAGCAUAACUUAUAUGGUAGUGGAUGAUAGUGAGUACAUGCGACAUGUCAAAAACCAAACUUCUACGCUUUUCCACAUGUUCCACAAGCUUACCUACGUGAUAGAUAUAUCGAUUUGAUUUACUCAAUAAUUAGUUAACAAUAAGCUGAUAAACAAAAACUCUUAACGAAUGUUACGAUAACCAAUUGCGAUGUAAUUUUUCCAUAGCUAAAUUAAAAAAUUACAAAUACAGAUACCGGCAAACAUCUUGAACAAAUGAUCUUGCCUGCGCAGUAGCGAUUUUUAGGUAUCAC